GAACUUUGAAAUAGAAACAGCGUCGACUAAUCUCCGGCUUCUCUGAAAGUCCUCUCUCUCUCUCUCUCUCUUCCUCCCUCGUUCAGCUUUCGCUUUUCAAACGGGAUUUGGUUUGGUAUUGGGUGAUUUGGAGGAGGAUUCUGUAAUUGGCAAAUAGAAUGGAGGGAGGAGGCACGCAGCAAAGUUUGAGGAAGUAUUUGGGAGCUAUUAAAGACUCAACCACUGUUGGAUUGGCCAAAGUGAACAGUGAUUACAAGGAAUUGGAUAUUGCAAUAGUCCGGGCCACGAACCAUGUUGAAUCUCCUGCAAAGGAAAAGCACAUCAAAGCUAUAUUUUUGGCCAUUUCAGCUGCAAGACCUCGGGCUGAUGUGGCAUACUGUAUUCAUGCUCUUGCAAGGCGCCUUUCAAAGACGCACAAUUGGGCUGUUGCAUUAAAGACUUUAAUAGUUAUACAUCGUGCUUUGAGAGAGGUUGACCCAACCUUCCGUGAGGAACUUAUUAAUUAUGGAAGAAGUAGAAGCCAAAUGUUAAACUUGUCCCAUUUUAAGGAUGAUUCUAGUGCAAAUGCAUGGGACUACUCUGCAUGGGUGCGCUCAUAUGCAUUAUAUUUGGAGGAAAGGCUUGAAUGCUUUCAUGUUCUAAAGUAUGAUGUAGAGACGGACCCUCCGAGAACUCGAGAUAGUGAUGCUGCUGAGUUACUUGUCCACUUACCUGCCCUGCAGCAACUUUUAUUUCGCCUGAUAAGCUGCCAGCCACAAGGAGCAGCCAUCCAUAACUUUGUAAUUCAGCUGGCACUCUCUUUGGUUGCUGCUGAGAGUACAAAGAUAUAUAAUGCUAUUAAUGAUGGUACAAUCAAUAUGGUUGACAAGUUCUUUGAGAUGCAACACUAUGAUGCUCUCAAGUCACUUGACAUAUAUCGACGAGCUGGUCAACAGGCAGAGAGGUUGUCAGAAUUUUAUGAAGUGUGUAAAAACAUUGGCAUUGGACGUGGGGAGAAGUUUAUUAAAAUAGAUCAGCCUCCUGCAUCAUUUCUCAAUGCCAUGGAGGAGUACGUUAGAGAAGCUCCUCGAGUUUCAGCUGUUAGAAAAGACCAGGUGAAGGAGGAAAAAGCAUCUCCAAAGGUUAUUUUGGCCAUUGAAGACAAGAAAGCUCUUGAAGUACAGGAGGCACCUCCACCACCUCCUCCACCUCCACCACCACCUCCUGAACCAGUAAAGGUGGAAGCUCCUCCGGCAGUAUCUAAGGAGCCUGAUCUGCUGGGUUUAAAUGACACCAAUCCUGAUGCUUUGGAGUUGGAUGCUAAAAAUGCUUUGGCUCUUGCCAUUGUUCCAGUUGAUAAUCCAUCAACAACGACUUCAGCAGCUAGUUUCACAACAGAGAAUGGAACCACAGGCUGGGAGUUGGCACUCGUCACUGCUACGAGCUCAAAUGAUUCUGCAGCUGCUGCAAGCAAGAUGGGCGGAGGAUUGGACAAACUUACAUUGGACAGCUUAUACGACGAUGCUAUCAGACGAGCGAACCAGCCAACUAGUUACAAUCCAUGGGAGCCCGCACUGAUGGCCAGCUCCAUGCAACAACCUGUAAUGGCUCACGACCCAUUCUAUGCAUCCAAUGCCAUUACUGCUCCUCACUCCAUCCAAAUGGCUGUGAUGGCUCAGCAGCAGGCACUAAUGCAGCAGCAGCAGCAGCAGCAACAAAUGAUGAUGAUGGGUCAGCAGCAGUUCUAUCCACAGAACAACAACCCAUUCGGAAAUCCGUAUGCUUCAAGCGGCCCGCAACCCUAUGGCUUAGGUAUGCCUCUUCAAUCAUCAAAUGUACGCUCUGGUUUCAUCUGAAAGUUGCCAGAAAAUAUUCUGUUGUGUGAGAGGAGAGUGUAGUAAUCUAUUCUAGCAGGCAUGGCAGUGAUAUAUUAUAAUUCUUUAUUUGGAGAGUGACAAAAAAAAAAAAAAUGGAGAAAGAGGGGAUUGUUAAGACAUGAUUGUUUUUGUAAACAUAAAUUCCUUACAAUAAGAAUUCUUGGAUGACAUUUGUUAUUA